AUGGCCGGUUGUAAGAUAAACUUUGUCGGGGUGUUUGUGCUUCAAAUGAUAUUCCUAACCCUCUUUUGGUCACAUGAUGUAGAAAGCUAUGGCUUGAAAGUAGGGUUUUAUGAGAAAUCAUGCCCUCGUGCCGAAAUGAUUGUAUCUAAGGUCAUCAAAGAUGUUAUGGCCGUGGCGCCAUCUUUAUCAGGCCCUCUAUUGAGAAUGAACUUCCACGAUUGCUUCAUUAGGGGUUGUGAUGGUUCCGUUCUAUUAGAUUCUCCAACAAGGCAAUCAGAGAAAUACUCACCGCCGAAUUUAAGCUUAAGAGGAUUCAACAUUAUUGAUAAAGUGAAGACGGCAUUAGAAACAGCCUGUCCCGGCGUGGUUUCCUGUGCUGACAUUUUAGCUCUUGUUGCUAGAGAUGUUACCGCGGAGACCAAGGGACCAUAUUGGGAGGUAGAAACUGGACGUCGAGAUGGAAAAGUGUCCCUAUUCAAUGAUCCCAUAGAUCCAGUAAAUGGUUUGCCACCAUUCUUCGCAGACAUCACUGCGUUGAAACAAUCAUUUGCUCUAAGGGGACUAAGUGUAAAAGACCUUGUUGUUCUAUCAGGAGGACAUACCAUAGGGAUGUCUCAUUGCUCAUCAUUCGAAAACCGGCUCUACAAUUUCACAGGGAAAGGUGAUACCGACCCAACCAUGGACCCAAACUAUAUUGCAAAACUAAAGUUGAAAUGCAAACCACAAGACCAACUCACAAUAGUCGAGUUAGACCCGGGUAGUUUCAAGACAUUUGAUGACUCUUAUUACAAACUAGUGAAUAAGAGGAGAGGACUUCUUGAAUCAGAUGCAGCCUUACUUAAUGACCCCGAGACUAGAGCUUACAUGGUUCAAGCUACUAGCUAUGGUUCCACUUUUUUCAAGGACUUUGGUGUGUCUAUGGUUAAGAUGGCCCGAAUUGGGGUUCUUACGGGCUCUCAAGGUGAAGUUAGGAAAGUUUGCAGCAAAACAAACUAG